AUGGAUGGCAAGAAAAUUCUGUCCCAGAAACUUCAGUCCGCAUUGGAUGAGCGUGAGCGUGAUAACAGAUUGAUCAGCCCUGCCGAUCCUUCCACCAUUGCCCAAAUGGUAGACUUCGGGUCAAACGAUACGCUCUCGCUGGCGACAUCGGGGACAUUGACUAGAUCCUUUCUAGAGCAGCUCCAGAAGAAUCCAAACUUCAUUCUCGGCAGUACCUCGACUCGUAUAUUUGAAGGCACCACACAAUAUUUGAAAGACAUUGAAAUAUAUCUGGCUCAGUUCCACAACGCCGAGUCAGCUUUGUUAUUCAACUCUGGAUUUGAUGCAAAUGUCGCACUCUGGUCAACAAUCCCACAGAAUGGAGACUUUGUCUUGUAUGAUCAGUAUGUGCAUGCAAGCAUACACGAUGGAAUGAGACGUGGACGAGCUAAGACCAUCAUGUUUGCACACAACGACUGCGCUUCUUUCCGCCAUUGUUUGGAAGGCCUCCGUGACCAGAAUCCUGGCAUUGCGGAUGGCAGCCACGUGGUUUUCGUUGCCUUGGAGUCAUUUUAUAGCAUGGACGGAGACGAAACCCCAAUCCAUGAACUCAUUGAUAUUGCAAAGAAUACCCUUGCUAGGAGAAAUUUUAUUUUCUCAGUGGAUGAGGCACAUUCCAACGGCCUGCUUGGGCAGAAUGGCUCCGGAUUCAUUUCCUAUCAUAGACUCGAAAAGGAAAUAGGCCUUCGUGUGCAUACCUUUGGCAAAGCUUUAGGGUCGAAUGGAGCUGUGGUACUGGCGGAACCGGCUAUCAAAUUGAAUCUCAUCAACUAUGCGCGGAGUGUCAUCUUUUCCACGGCUCCUUCCUUCGUUGCGUUAGCUGCUGUCAAAGCCGGUUACGAAAUCUUAGCCAGUGAAGACGGAGAAAGGCGCCGGCGGACCCUACAAGACAACAUCCGGUACUUUUACAUGACCUUCCUCAGUCAUCCUAAAUGGGCUGCUAUCAAAAAGGGAAACAUCAUCCAAAUCCCGAGUGAGAAGAGCUGGAACUCUGAAAUACCCCGAUCGCCUAUCAUUCCCUUAGUAACACCACCUAAUGAGUCGACUGAAUUGGCCGGACACAUGCAUCGAGCUAAGUUCUGGGCUAACCCGGUGAGGUACCCUAUUGUUCCGAAAGGCAUGGAUCGAGUGCGACUCUCGAUACACGCGGAUAAUACCAAAGAGCAGAUUGAAGAUGUGAUUGAAGUUAUUAUGGAAUGCGCAAGCUGGCGACUCGGACAAGUUAAGAAGGCCAGAAUGCAGUGCGAUUCAUGA